GGCUGCUCGGAGACGGCUCAUUGUGUCGGUUGGACCCGGACUUGCAGUAGUGCGUGCGCCCGCGCCGUGUGGUGGAUUUACGGUGUAGCGGCGGAGCUGCGGGUUCAGCGGCCGGGAAGAAGCAGCAGGAGGUCGGCGUGGAUUACUGCAAAGAACUCGGAGAUCAGGAUUAGUCAGGACUACAUCUGGAUCUGGACUUCUACUACCUGGAUUUGGGCCUUUCUGUGCUCUGAUUGGCUCUGCCGAGAAGCUGCUCGUGAUUGGACCACCUGAAUUCGAGGACGUCUGAGGGGGUGCACCCCCGCCUCCUGACUUCCUGUUUGCUUUGCUGCUGUCACUUGAGCAUCCAGAGGCUUCACCUGUCCGUCGCAGCAGAUUUUCACUCUGUAAAAAUCUGACGUCCACCAUGACCUGCUGACAUCACCGUUCCACCGCCCCCUCCUCCUUCCAUUUCUUUCCUCGCAAUGGACCUGACCUGUUGGCUGUCGCCAUGGCGACCCCCAACCCUGCUGCUGCUGCUGCUGCUCACUUCCUGGUUGCCGGCUGAGUCAGCUUCAACCACGCCCUUCCCCAAAGACCUGGAGCCGAUCAGCGUGGUCAGCUCAGAGCAGUCGUUUCAGUACCCGGGGUUUCAGGGUUUGCUUCAGGACAACGACACGCUGAGGCUGGGCCUGGACUUCCAGAGGAUGCUACGGAUCAACCACGUGCUGUACAUCGCAGCGAGGGAUCACGUGUUCGCAGUCAACCUGACGACGGCUUCAGGGGAGGUCGUCCCACAGCUGAAGCUGACGUGGAAGUCCAACGACGUCAGCAAGUGCACGGUCAGAGGGAAGAACAGCGACGAGUGCUACAACUACGUGAAGGUGUUGGUGCCUCGAAACGACGAGACGCUGUUUGCCUGCGGGACCAACGCUUUCAACCCGACGUGCCGAAACUACAAGAUGACCUCGCUGGAGCAGGUCGGGGAGGAGCUGGUGGGUCAGGCUCGCUGUCCCUUCGAGUCCGGUCAGUCCAACGUGGGACUGUUCGCUGGUGGAGACUUCUACUCGGCCACCAUGACGGACUUCCUGGCCAGCGACGCCGUCAUCUACAGGAGCCUGGGCGAGGGCCGCCCCGUCCUCAGGACCGUCAAAUACGACUCCAAGUGGCUGCGAGAGCCGCACUUCCUGCACGCCAUCGACUACGGGAACUACGUCUACUUCUUCCUGAGCGAGAUUGCAGUGGAGUACACCACGCUGGGCAAGGUGGUGUUCUCUCGGGUGGCCCGGGUCUGUAAGAACGAUAACGGGGGAUCUCCCAGAGUCCUGGAGCGAUACUGGACGUCCUUCCUGAAGGCUCGGCUCAACUGCUCGGUGCCCGGAGACUCCUUCUUCUACUUCGACGUGCUCCAGUCGCUCACCAACGUGCUGCAGAUCAACCAGAGACCCGCCGUGGUCGGCGUCUUCACCACUCAGGCCAACAGUAUCCCCGGCUCGGCCGUCUGUGCCUUCUACAUGGACGACAUCGAGAAGGUGUUCAACGGGAAGUUCAAAGAGCAGAGGACCAGCGACUCCUCCUGGACUCCCGUACCCGACGAGCAAGUCCCCAGACCGAGGCCCGGUACGUGUGCAGGCGACGGCUCGGCUUCAGAAUACAAAUCGUCUGUUCAGUUCCCGGACGACACGCUGACCUUCAUCAAGUCGUAUCCUCUGAUGGACGAAGCUGUUCCCUCCGUCAACGACCGGCCCUGCUUCACCAGGACGUCCAGCAGGUCCAAGUUGACCCAGAUUGUGGUGGAUGUCUCUGCCGGGCCUUUCAAGGACCGGACGGUGAUGUUCCUGGGCUCAGACGAUGGGUGGGUCUUGAAGGUUUUGGCCAGCACCCAUCCAAAUGACAGCUUUGGAUCCAAACUGCUGGAGGACAUCGACGUCUACAACCCGUCCAAGUGCAACGUUCAGGGUCAGGAGGACAGGAGGGUUCUGGGCCUGGAGCUCGAUAAGGACCAUCACGCCUUGUUUGUGGCUUUCAGCAGCUGUGUGAUCAGAGUGCCGCUCAGCCGCUGCGCCCAACAUGGAGCCUGCAAAAAAGCUUGCCUGGCCUCUCGUGACCCAUACUGUAUCUGGCUUCGGACCGGGAGCUGCGCCAACGUUGCGCCGGGUUUCAAGGCGGGGUUUGAGCAGGAUAUCGAGGGCGACCACUCGUUUCAUCCGGACAGCUGCCGCGCUGACGUGUUGGCUACGACACGGAACCAGGAGUCCACCGCCGACUCCGCCUACGGCGUGCGGCGCCCUCCGGACAUGGACCAACGUGCCGGUGCUAACGUGCAUUACACGCUGCUGAUCGCCUGCGUGCUGGUGGCCUUCUUCCUGGGCGCCAUCUUGUCGGGUUUCCUGGUGUCAUGCUACUGCGGCGGCAGCGCCGCCCACCGGGCUCGGAGGCUGGGGAAGGACCCGGAGGCGUCGCUGCCUCACGCCCUGUCGCUGCGAUCCCUCGCCAAGCUCAACGGGCUGCUGGACGGACAGCCCAAGGAGGACAAACUGAACGUGUCCACCCCCAAGAUGUACAGCUCCUUCAUCCCCAACGGCCGGGCCGAGCAUCACCUCCACAGCCCCGUGCACCAGGGCCUCCCGCUGGGCGACCCUGAGCUCAGCCUGUCCCAGUCUCUGUCACAGGGGGAUGGCGAGCUCUCCGGCCUGCCCACGCCCGACUCCACCCCGGAGCUUCCCAUCAAGAACAUGAAGGCGCUGCGACACCAUCAGUACGAGAAGAACCAGAACUGCAACAACGCCAGAGACAAGCCCAGCUGCUCCGCCUCCAGUCUGGGAUUCAUGGCCGUCGUCGGGAACUCCAUAAACCAGCAGGUGUUUCCCUUCCCUCAUCACCAUGGCAACAGUUUAAGCAAUGGGACGCCCCAGGGGGUCGGCGCCUCUUCGACCUCUCUGCACCUCCCAGAGGAGAGAAAGAUCUCCAAUGAUGAGCGGGCGGCGGCGGUGGGAGGGGGAGGAGUCCCGCAUCACCACCACUCCCAGCAGUCCCUCCCCCAGACGGUGGUGGACGUGUCGGCGCUGGACGAGCUGCUCAAACACAUCCACGAGGUCAGCGCGUCGGGAACCGGCGGCAUCAAGGUCCUGACCUCUACCUCCUCUUCCUCGCUGUUCCCCGGGUCGUCCGGCUCCACCGCAGGGCACCAUCACAGCCACCAUCACCACCACGCACAGACGCGCACGCACCACUACAACCACGGCCAUCACCAUAGCAACCAUCACCAGCAACAGAAUGAGGCCGCGUCCUACCACAGCACCUCCGCGCUGCCGAGCGACGGCCUCCCCAAACGCAUCGACCCUCCUCCUCAGAACACCACCUCCUCCUCAUCUUCAUCCUCCUCAUCCUCAAACAACCCCACCUCCUCCACCUCCAUCCCCUCAUCCUCCUCCUCCUCGUCCUCCACUCCGCUCCAGCAGCAAGUGAUUCCAGAACGACCUGGAGGAGGCGGCGGCGUCUCCGUGACGCGCCACCACUCUCAGCGUCACUCCCUCAUCAGGAUGGGCAGCGGGAGUGGCGCCGUGCCCCGCCACCACAGCUUCAACCAGCGAGGGCCGCAGCAUGCUCACUUCCUCGCCAGGAUGAACACUAACAACAGCAGCAACAACAGCGGUGGCCCCACCCCCGCCAACAGCAAGCAGCCGUCGGUGGCCAGCGCCUGCCUCACACGGCAACACAGCUACAGCGAGGGGCCGCACGCCCAGCGGGCAGCCGUCGUCCGGAGAACGGUGUCGCUCAAACCCCAGAUCCCUCCUAAACCGCUCUUCCUGCCAAACACAGCCACGUCACCGGGCGCAGAGGCGGGAAAGUACAACUACUGAGGCUGCCGGGCACCGCGCCGACAUGGCCGCUGCUGUCCUUAGACGCCUGCCGGGCUGGUGAGAGAGGAUGAGAGGAGAGCGCCGAUGGGCUGGAGACACAAAAGAGACCCAGAGCUUUUUGUCCCCAUCGCUCCUCGUUACCACCCCUCAGCCGUGCUUGCUGCCCCGCCGCUGAGAGGACGCCGUCCGUCGCCACUCGAGCAUCUCUGGCUCAUUGAAAGGGGCGGGGCUCGAAACCAGCACGAACUACUAAACAUUCCAAAGGCGGCUCGAGGUGGCCACAGAAUUCCAGAUUAAUGCAGUUUUCUUCGGAGCACUUUGAUGCGACAUCCUGUCGUCGGGCCCGGAUUUCAUUCGCCAGGAUCGUCAGCAAACCUGAACCCCGCAGCAGGGGCGGCUCCCGUCCCCGUGGGGGGCGCAGACUUGUGUUUUCAGCAGCACUCUGAGGACAGACCACCUCGGUCUUUUAUACCAUAUUGGUAUCUGCAGGUCGCCCAGCAGGUGUGAUAACCGUCUCCACAUCACUACAACGACCCUCUUGCAUUAACGCCUGCUGAGCGUCACACCCAGACCCCCGCGGGUCGUUUCAGGCCCUGCACUCGUCUGAAGGGGGCGUGUUUUCUCUUCACCAGCUGAGCGCACACUGUGGAAACUUUAACAAAGUUUGCUCUUAAAUUGGUGUUUCACCCAAAUUACUGCCACGCUCAUGCUCCCACUGACCUCCCAGGGUGUCCGGCG